GUAUGACCCGCGUUGCUGGCCUUCUCCUGUUCUUCUCCCUCACUCGAGCGCUUUUCGCGCCAUCCCUUGCGUCUCACAGGAAGUUGAUAUAGCCCUCGCUGCGGGUAUUUCGCCAUGAUAUAGUGCGUGGCGGCGCUUUUGAUCCACCCCACGCAUGACGACAUACAUAUAUAUAGUCACAGCAAUUUGUUGUAUCUCUGAUGAUUUUUAGCGAUGAUAUACUAAUAAUUAUAACUACUUGUCAUUACAGAGAAUCGAUCACAUACAUUAUACUGGACUAUUGGAGUCGGCAUAACUGUCAUAGGAAUAAUAUACUUCGCACACAUCAGUCAAGAGAAUCGACAGAUCAUUAG